AUGAAGGUUCUCGCAGUUCUUCUCGCUAUUGCUGCUGUCGUUGUCAAUGCCUAUCCAGGUGGAUACGGUAGACCAUCCGGAGGAUAUGGAGCCCCAUCUGGAGGAUACGGGGCCCCAGGAGGUGGAUAUAAUAACCAAGGAGGAUUUGAUGGCGGAGCGCAAUUUGGAGAUAAUGGAGGAUUCCAAGGAGGACAAGGAGGAUUCAACCAAGGUGGAGGCUUCCAACAAGGAGGAUUCAACCAAGGAGGUGGAUUCAACGGAGGAUUCGAUGGACAAGGAAGAUAA